AUGGACGACAGUUCACCAGAUCUGUCGUUAAAGCUACGACGGGGGUCGAGUGAUUCGAGGGAGUCGUUUUAUAUGGACUUCGCUCAGGGCAUCGACUCGGAUAUAGAAGAAGUGACGACUAUUGAGAGGAUAAUACCUGAGCAUCCGGGCGGGAGGGCAGAGGGCGAUGCGGACACUUUAGCUACGCCUUCCGGUCUGGACGAUAAGGAUCUAUCACAAUGGUACUAUUUUUGGGAUGAAAUGAUGAGUAACCCAUCGUUAGAUGAAACAGGUAAAAUAGCAAGUCAGAAUCUGCCUAAGUUCUACGAAGAAUGGGAUAGUGUAAUUAUUUUAAUUAAAACAGAACCAAAGAAAAGA